UACACAAUAGUUUCAUAAAAUCUAUGUUAGAAUUGUAAUAUUUUAGAGAAAUGAAAUUGAUUAUUGUAUUUGUGUUUCAAGCUCUGGUUCUCAUAGUUGCAGCGCUAAAAUCCAAUGAAACUGGUCAACAAUUAGAGCCGAAAGGGAAAAACAUGCCUGCAAUCAUGAGACCUAAGAAUGUGCCGAAAGAGAAAAACACAAAGAAUGAGCCUAAACAUUUAGGACCGAAAGAGAAAAGCACUAAGAAGGAGCCUAAACAUUUGGGACCGAAAGAGAAAAACACUAAGAAUGAGCCUAAACAUUUAGGACCGAAAGAUAAAAACACUAAGAAUGAGCCUAAACAUUUAGGACCGAAAGUGAAAAACUCUAAGAAUGAGCCUAAACAUUUAGGACCGAAAAAGAAAAACACUAAGAAGGAGUCUAAACAUUUAGGACCGAAAGAGAAAAACUCUAAGAGUGAGCCUAAACAUUUAGGACCGAAAGAGAAAAACACUAAGAAUGAGCCUAAACAUUUAGGACUGAAAGAGAAAAACACUAAGAAUGGGCCUAAACAUUUAGGACCGAAAAAGAAAAACUUCAAGAAUGAGUCUAAACAAGGAAUGAAAGUGAAAACCCCUAAGAAUGAGCCUAAACAAUUAGGACUGAAAGGGGAAAACCUUAAGAAUGAGCAUAAACUAUUAGGACCGAUAGGAAAAACCCCAAAGAAUGAGUCUAAACAAUUAGGACUAAAAGGGAAAAAUCCUAAAAAUGAGCUUAAACAAUUAGGACCAAAAGGGAAAACCCUAAAGAAUGAGCCUAAACAUGGACUGAAAGUGAAAACCCCUAACAAUGACCCUAAACAAUUAGGACCGAAAGAGAAAAACUCUAAAAAUGAGCAUAAACAAUUAGGAUCGAAAGGGAAAACACCUAAGAAUGAGUCUGACCAAUUAGGACCGAAAGGAAAAAAGAUAACUGCAAUCAUGAGCCCUAAGAAUGAGCCUAAACUGCUGGCAAUUGGAGCAAAAAAGAAGAAAAACAAUUUUUUCCGCAGUAAAUCCGCAGUUUCUCUUACUCCGGAGGAAAAGAUUGUGCAGAGUUUCUGGAAAACAAUUGAAAAAUUGCCUUGUAAAGAGGGGUGCGGAACUUUUCAUGAAGAUUACAAAGAUUCUUUUGAUCAAGUCGUCAAGCUCUUUGCUAGUCUGGAAAAUUCUACAAAAGUUGAAAAUGAUUUAGACACAUUCAUUUCAAUUUUUCAAGAACUUUUAACAAAAAUACUGGAAAAUGAGAAAUUGAAGGUUAACGAAAGACUGGUUAAAGCUGCAUUUCUCAAUGCUAUGUAUAUGAGACCUGACUCUGAGCAUGUAGACAUGGCUGAAAUAUUUCCAGCUCUCAAAACUGUAAAUAUCAAAAAGGGAACUGGAUUCAGAGCCUACCAACAUGGAGAAACACCCUGGGAGAAAUUACCUAAAACCCCAUCUAGAGUAAAAGAUCCCGAAAGCAAAAUGGAUUACUUCAGGGAAGAUGAAAGCUUGCAUACGUUUCAUGACACCUUUCAUCGACAAAACUUUGGGCCUAGUUGGGCCCCCAGGCCUAGACAAAAUGAACAUUUUUUCUACAUGCACCGACUUUUUAUAUACAGAUAUUUCACAGAAAGAGACACAGAGGGACUUCCACCCAUUACACCAUUAAACUUGGAAAACAGACAACAGGAGUUUGAAACAUUUUAUUCAAUAACAAAAGAAACAGAUCCCACAGAUCAACUGCAUAAAUUUAGUAGUAAUAAGCCUACUUGUACUCUAUCUCAGGACACACGUGACAGAAUUGAAGAAUACGAACAAAGUUGUGACAGUAAACUAGUGGAAGCUGGAGACAGCUGUGAAAAAUAUGGAGAUUAUUGUAUGGAUCAUCAUAACUAUGGACAUGAUUUAAUGAGUUAUGAUUGCAAGGGUGGUGACAGAGCAGGACUUCUUCUCGAUAGUGCAGUUUCUGCAAGAGAUCCUAUAUUCUACAGGUGGCACUACACAGUGGACGACAAAUACGAGAAUUUCUUGAGGGCACAGCCCCCAUAUAAGAAGAGUGAAAUUGUUCCCCCCGAAGGAAUCACUUUGCUGAAUGUCGAGCUUCAAUCCAGAUGUAAAAAUCCAAAUCAGGUUGAAACCUAUUGGGAGAUGAAAGAUACCAAAUACCAACUCAAUCAUAUGCCAUUCCAAUUCAAUAUCAGGUUACAGAACAGCAAAAACCUUGUAAAAAAAGUUAUGUUUAGAGUCUACCUUGUCAAAGAAAAAUUUAUAUCUGACAACAAGUACUACUUUGAGCUGGAUAGAUUUGUACACAGUUUAACAGGAAAUCAAGAAGAGAAUAUUGUCAGGUUUGACAAUCAGAGUUCACUAAUCUGGAGGAACAGAGACGAAUGUGGUUGGCCAGACAGCCUGGUUUUGCCAAAAGGUCCACCAAACCGACUGCCUGAAGACUAUAGGGUUGUUGUGUUUGUGAGUGAAGUGACAAAUGAUGCAGUUGAUGAAGGAUCUACUAAUGAGCCUGUCAUGCUAUGUGGACCAAAGCAGGGAACAAUGGACGAAAGACCAAAUGGCUGGCCAUUACAAAGAAAUUGGGAAGGAGUGAGCAUGCUGGAUGUAAUCUUAAACAAAGAUGGUUCUUUUGGAAAAAUAUCUACCAUUGUGCAAAUUCUCAACCGAGGCUUGAAUCCGACUAUUUGUGAGGAUGCAAGUUUCAAAUCACCAGUGGUGACACAAACAACUACUGUUACCCCGGUCCUUUCAUAUAUAUCUGAACCCUCAGUAACACAAACAACUACUGUUACCCCGGUCCUUUCAUAUAUAUCUGAACCCUCAGUAACACAAACAACCACUGUUGCCCCAGUCCUUUCCUACAUACCUGAACCAGCAACUUCAACCGUUCCAACCCUACCAGAGACAGUGACUUUAUCUCCAAUUGGUCCAAGCACUUCUGAAUUAACAUCUGUGCCAGGCGGAUUAAAGUUUUGCAAAGACACUUUCUGCUUUUUAUUAUCAGCUUCGCCAAUAGAUACCUAUCAAGGUGCAAUAGAAUUUUGUAAGCAGCAUAAUAUGUAUGUGAUAAGUCAUUGGAAUUUUUAUAGCAUAAAUUUUCUUCUCCCAGAAAUAACAAAAGCAAGGGAACUGAUGAACUUAAAUGAACUGAUAAUGUGGGAGCAUACUGAAAUGUGGGAGGAUAAUAACAUAGAUUUCAGACUUUGGUGUCCUGAAAUUAUCAUUGCUCAAAGGGGAGGAGAAAUUAGAGGCGACAAUGCUAAUUGUAAACAAUCGGUACACCAUGGAAUUUAUGCACUGUGUGACUCUAGGCAUUCUUCAGAUUUCAAACAAUUUGGAAGAUUAGAAAAGUUGCUAAUGGAUAAAAUGCAAUGAAUAGCUGUCUGAGAAAAUAAAAUUAGUUUAAUCACAA